GUAAUUUUAUGACUUGAACCAGGUGGACCGGAAAGGUCGGUGGCAAAGAGGGAAUAUUCCCGGCUAAUUUUGUGGAAACUGUAUAAGUACAAUGGCAGCGCAUUCCCAUUGAUCAAGCAUCAUUCCUAUGUAUCGAGUAUCUCGUUGUACAUUUAGUCCACAUUGUCAACUGUAUUUGUUGUAACACGUAUUAACGGCAUGCACAUAUGCUUGGAUAUAUACGUGUGUUUGGAUUCUAGAAUGACAAACAUGAGAACGCGCGCGUUACUUCUUCUCCUAUCCACAAGUUCGAACCGGGUCUGCAGGUUGGAAUCGCUCCAAUGCCAAAGGUAGCAAAGAAGUACUACGCUGUGAGGAUUGGCCGCGAAGGACCACGAAUAUACGACUCCUGGCCUGGGGUGAGUUUUUUUCUCAAGUUCAGUCAAAACGAGCCCCCUUUCUUAAUGUUGGCAAGAUCCAAUCAAGCAAAAGCAGAAAGGCAACCACCAAUCCUUGAAGGACGCGACCAGACUCCCAUUGAGACAUCUACACCUGGACCUUCAUCGGAGGGUAUUGUUCUUUCAGCAGAGCAAAAAGACGUGCUUCGGAGGGUCGGGCGCGGCGAGAAUGUGUUCUUUACCGGAUCUGCGGGCACCGGUAAAUCUGUUCUCUUACGGGAAAUAAUUCGAGCGCGCGGUGGGCGGGGUCACCCUGGCCUUGCCAUAACAGCCUCAACAGGAAUAGCAUCGGUUAACAUUGGCGGAACUACCGUGCAUUCGUGGGCGGGUAUCGGGCUUGGUCUAGAAGACGCGAAGAAACUCGGGGGUAAAUUUCUGGGCCAGCCGAAGUUUGAUCGGGUCAAGCAACGGUGGCAAUGCGUUCAAACUCUCAUAAUAGAUGAAGGUUUGCGGUAUACGGUUAUUGAUGCCAUUGCUCGCAUUGUAAGGCGAUCAGACAAACCUUUUGGUGGCAUACAAACUUCUGUCAGCUUCCUCCAGUGCCGGAUCGUGGUAAGAACGGGAUCCAAAUACCAUCCACAAUUUGUCGACAUGCUCAAUGCGAUGCGUUUUGGAAAGUUGGAUAAAGCUUCUAUCCAAGCUUUUCAAAGUCUUUCUCGCCCAGUAGGGUAUGAUGAUGGUAUUGGGCCAACACAGCUGUACCCCACUCGCUCAGAGGUUGAUUCAGCAAACCAAAGAAAGCUUAUUUCACUGCCUGGGGAUGGAAUUCAAUACCCGGCGGCCGACACACCUGGACGCGAUUCGAACGACAAUUUUGUUUCAUUCGAACAGAUGGGGCGCUUGUUAGAAAGGCUUGUAGCACAACGAGUCAUUCAUUUAAAAAACAUGGUGCAGGGGCAGCUGGUAAACGGGUCUGUGGGGCAAGUGGUCAGAUUUAGUACUUCUGAGGAGGCCAUGCAAACCGCUACUCCAAUUGCCACGGAAGAAGGUCUCAAAGGUGGUCUAUCCACGAAGUCCGAGCUCCCUGCCAACUACGACAACUCGCAAUGGCCUGUUGUCCGAUUCACGUGUGGCAAAGAAAUGCUGUGUGUACCAACUGACUUCACGGUCGAUAAUGCAGAUGGUGGUAUAGAGGCGAGAAGACGACAGGUUCCCUUAAUAUUAGCUUGGGCACUGAGUGUCCAUAAGUCUCAGGGGCAAACUCUUGAAAGGGUAAAAGUGGAUCUUGGGCGAACUUUUGAGAAAGGCCAAGGUAAAUCUUUCCUGAAGACUUAUCCCGUGCGUUCACUGUCGCCUUCUCAGCAUAUGUUGCACUUUCUCGUGCUACUAGCAUGA